AUGGCCAUCGCACAGCAGCGCCAGCCCAGCUCAGGUGCAGACGCGACGUCCAUGGCCAUCGCACAGCAGCGCCAGCCCAGCUCAGGUGCAGACGCGACGUCCAUGGCCAUCGCACAGCAGCACCAGCCCAGCUCAGGUGCAGACGCGACGUCCAUGGCCAUCGCACAGCAGCGCCAGCCCAGCUCAGGUGCAGACGCGACGUCCAUGGCCAUCGCACAGCAGCGCCAGCCCAGCUCAGGUGCAGACGCGACGUCCAUGGCCAUCGCACAGCAGCACCAGCCCAGCUCAGGUGCAGACGCGACGUCCAUGGCCAUCGCACAGCAGCACCAGCCCAGCUCAGGUGCAGACGCGACGUCCAUGGCCAUCGCACAGCAGCACCAGCCCAGCUCAGGUGCAGACGCGACGUCCAUGGCCAUCGCACAGCAGCACCAGCCCAGCUCAGGUGCAGACGCGACGUCCAUGGCCAUCGCUCCGUCGCACAGGCGCCGCCGCCGCCACGCACAGGCUUUGGGGCAAGAAAGUUCAGGCCUUUGUGGGAAGACUUUGUUAAAAUAUUCAAAUCCCCACAAAUCCCCGAAAUACCAAAAUCCCUAA